UAGAAACUUCCUCACAAAGUUAACAAUAAACCCUAUAAAUCAAGCACCAUCCUUCAAUAAAAAAAUGUCCUCUGUCUCUCUCGUCAACAUUCAGUAAACUAUAGGUCCAGAUAUGAAGGUGGCAUCGGUGUUAAUUCCAUCUCUCGGAGGCCUAACCCAAACUGAAGUCAGAUCAAUGAUUUAUACUCAUAUACUUCGAUUCACCCAGUCUAUUCCACCAUCGGAAGAUGAACGUAAUAUCGUGGCAGUGGUGGACGUAACAAACAACUCAAUCUCUUUCCUCGAAGAUCGUCCUAUCAAUGCUGAACCUAUUUUGGAAAGGAAAUUACCUGCAUCAAUCGCUUCCAUUAAAGCGAUACCGAUGAUUAAGGUUUUAGGUGAAGGGAUUGAUUGCUCUAUUUGUUUGUCCAAUUUUGAAAUUGGCGAGGAAGCUAAGGAGAUGCACUGUAAACAUCAUUUUCAUUCGAUUUGUAUUGACAAGUGGUUGGGAAUCAAUGGAUCGUGUCCGAUUUGUAGGUAUAAGAUGCCAGUGGACGAACAAUGUGAGGAGAAAGAUGAAGAUGAAAUAGUUAGUGAUGGUGGCAGUGAUAUGGAGGAAGAUAGAGUGAUGUUUAUUUUUCAUGUUUCCAUUAUAGCAGAAACUACACAUCUAGAAGUAUUGAUAACAGAAAUGAAUAGACUUUCCGAUGAUAGGUUGAUAGAAGUUGGAGUGCAUAGAAAUUCCGAUGUAUUCGAAGCUGGAGAUGGCGAUGGGUCUGAAGCUGGAAAUGGUGAUGUAUCCGAAACUUCUGGAAAUGGCGAUGUAUCCGAAGCUAGAAAUGGUGAUGUAUUCGAAGCUAGAAAUGGCGAUGAAUUCGAAGCUAGAGAUGACGAUGUAUCUGAAGCUAGAGAUGGUGAUGAAUUCGAAGCCAGAGAUGACGAUGUAUCAGAAGCUAGAGAUGGUGAUGUAUUCGAAGAUAGAGAUAGAAGAGAUGGCGAUGAAGCUCAAGAUAUGGUCAUUGAUAACAAUUAAUUUGGUUAUUUUCCUUAUUUGUUUUUGGCGUCAUCUGCCUUGACUAAAAUAUAAAAGUUAUUUGUACAAAUAUCAUGCUUAACUAAAAUAUAUAAAGUUGUUUGUACAAAAUAUCGUGCAAUUUUAAUAAGGAUGAUGACGGUAUUGGGAUGACCUAGCUCCAAGAUAUGGUCAUUGACAACAAAUAGUUUUUUUUUUAUUUAUUUGUUUUGGGCGUCUUCUAGUUUCAUAGAAAUGAACUAUUAAGAUUCCCUAGAGCGUGAUUAGAAAGUUGACACCAAUAAGGUGAAAGUUCAUGCAGUCAAACAAAUGAGCUGCAAUCAAGAUUAAAAGCUUUGAAUCAACUUCUCUAUA